AUGGUCUCUUGGUUAAGAAAGAACUUACUCCUGGUGAUGACGGUGGGGUCCGUCGUUCUGGGGGCUUUGCUUGGUUUUUUGCUCCGCGGAUUGCAACUUUCGCCUCAGAACAUCAUGUACAUUAGUUUCCCCGGAGAACUACUCAUGCAUAUGCUUAAAAUGAUGAUUCUCCCACUUAUCAUGAGUUCUCUCAUUUCUGGUCUCGCACAAUUGGAUGCUCGUCAAUCGGGAAAACUUGGAUCUCUGGCCGUUACUUAUUACAUGUUGACUACUGUUGUGGCUGUUAUCACUGGUAUCUUUUUGGUGUUAGUCAUUCAUCCCGGAGACCCAACCAUCAAAAAAGAAAUUGGAACUGGUACUGAAGGAAAAACUGUCAGCACUGUCGAUACUCUUCUUGAUCUUCUCAGAAACAUGUUCCCAGAAAAUGUCGUUCAAGCCACCUUCCAACAAGUUCAAACCAAGUAUAUCAAAGUUCGGCCUAAAGUAGUGAAAAAUAAUGACUCGGCGACGUUAGCAGCGUUGAAUAACGGAAGUCUUGAUUAUGUCAAGGCUUCCGUUGAGUACACCUCAGGAAUGAAUGUUCUUGGAGUCAUCGUUUUCUGCAUUGCAAUCGGAAUCAGUCUUUCUCAACUUGGACCGGAGGCUCAUGUUAUGGUUCAAUUCUUUGUCAUUAUGGAUAAAGUUAUUAUGAAGUUGGUGAUGACCGUCAUGUGGUAUUCUCCAUUCGGAAUUCUCUGUUUAAUCAUGGGAAAGAUUCUCGAGAUCCAUGACUUGGCAGAUACCGCUAGAAUGUUGGCUAUGUACAUGGUUACAGUUCUCUCUGGACUUGCAAUUCACUCAUUGAUCUCUCUCCCACUCAUUUUCUUUGUCACCACCAAGAAGAAUCCAUAUACUUUCAUGAGAGGACUCUUCCAAGCUUGGAUUACUGCACUCGGAACUGCUUCCAGCUCUGCCACUCUCCCAAUCACUUUCAAUUGUCUUGAACAAAAUCUGGGUGUUGAUCGUCGUGUCACUCGUUUCGUCCUUCCUGUCGGAGCUACAAUCAACAUGGAUGGAACUGCACUUUACGAAGCUGUCGCUGCUAUUUUCAUUGCUCAAAUCAACGGAGUUCAUCUUUCUUUCGGACAAGUUGUCACUGUCAGUUUGACCGCUACUUUGGCUUCCAUUGGAGCUGCCUCUGUCCCAUCUGCCGGUCUUGUCACUAUGCUUUUGGUCCUCACCGCCGUCGGUCUUCCAGUCAAGGACGUUUCUCUUAUUGUUGCUGUCGAUUGGCUUCUUGACAGAAUCAGAACUUCCAUCAACGUUCUCGGAGAUGCUAUGGGAGCUGGAAUUGUUUACCAUUACUCGAAGGCUGAUCUCGAUGCUCAUGACCGUCUUGCUGCUACCACCAGAUCCCACUCUAUUGCAAUGAAUGACGAAAAGAGACCAUUGGCAGUCUACAGCAGCCUCCCAACUGACGACGACAAACUCACUCAUUGA